AUGUCGGUGGGUAUUAGCAAGGACACACUACUUAAAUUUAAAGCUGUUAAAUCGUUUCGGGUUUCUGAGAAAGAAGUUAGCCCUAUAACAUCAUUAUGUUUCGACGAUCAUGGCCAGCAUUUGCUUGCAUCAAGCGCGUCAGAUACAAUGCAUCUAUAUGAUAGUGUCGGGUGCAGGUUUUUAAAUACAAUUGCCUCGAAGAAGUAUGGCUGCCAUGCAGCUAAGUUCACACAUGCACAAAGUGAGUGUAUAUAUUCCUCGACCAUGAAGACCUUUGAUAUAAGACAUCUAAACCUCGAGACAAACCAAUAUCUGAGAUACUUUGUUGGACAUGGUGCAUUAGUGAGUGAUAUACAGAUGUCCCCAAUCAAUGAUUCGUUUCUAUCAGCAUCAUAUGACGAAUCUGUUCGGGUAUGGGACCUCCGGACUUCUAAAGCACAGGCCAUUAUCCCCACUGUAGUACCCAACUGUAUCGCAUAUGACCCUAGUGGGUUAGUAUUUGCACUUGGGAACCCCGAAUCAAAUGAAAUUGGACUAUACAAUGUGAGACAACUGAAAAAUGGACCAUUCUUGGUUAUCAAAGUUGAGCAGGGAUUUAAACAAUGGAACAAGCUAGAGUUCUCUAAUGACGGUAAAUACAUACUUCUCGCUUCAUCAUAUGGCAAACAAUUGAUUCUAGAUGCAUUCACUGGUGAACAGCUCUUUGAAUUGGUAGGAACCAAACCAUUCCCUCUUAGGGAAUUCAUGGAUUCGGGGUCUGCGUGCUUUACACCAGAUGGCCAAUUUACCCUCGCUACUGACUAUGACGGUAAGAUUGCCAUAUGGAAUCACGGAGAAUCCAUAAGUAACAGAACUUUGAAACCUCAGGGUUAUGUACAGGCUCCUGAAGAAGUGUGUCCCAGAACUAUUUUAUUUAAUCCAAAAUACUCAAUGUUUGUGACCGCUGAUGAGUCGGUAGAUUUCUAUGUCCUUGAACAGUAA